UCCCUCAGGCAGCACAGGAGACUCUCUGGAGGUGUGGAGGGAGCUGGAUCUGGAUCUGGUGGAGAAGGACCUGAAGGGGGUUUUGUCCCGGGGGAUCACCAGCCUCGCUGUCCUCCUGCUGCACUCCUACACAUGGUCGGAUCAUGAGAAAGCCGUCGGGGCUCUGGCUCUCCGUCUGGGCUUCUCUCAGGUGUCUCUGUCCAGCAAGGUGAUGCCCAUGGUGCGGGCGGUGCCUCGCGGAUACACCGUCUGCGCAGAUGCAUACCUCACUCCCAAAAUACAUCAGUAUUUAAAGGGCUUCACCUCUGGGUUCAAGGGGGGCCUCAAGGAUGUGGACGUCCUGUUCAUGCAGUCGGACGGCGGGCUGACUCCCAUGGAUCAGUUCUGCGGGUCGCGGGCCGUCCUCUCCGGCCCCGCGGGGGGGGUGGUGGGAUACGCCAUCACUUCAUACAACCAGAUGGAGAAGAAACCUGUGAUUGGCUUUGACAUGGGAGGAACAUCCACUGAUGUAAGUCGAUACGCGGGUCAGUAUGAACACGUGUUCGAGGCAACGACUGCCGGGGUCACCCUGCAGGCCCCGCAGCUGGACAUCAACACUGUAGCUGCAGGAGGAGGGUCCCGCCUCUUCUUCAGAUCAGGGAUGUUUGUGGUUGGACCAGAGUCUGCAGGAGCUCACCCAGGACCCGCCUGCUACAGAAAAGGCGGCCCUCUGACUGUGACCGAUGCUAACUUAGCUCUCGGUCGACUCCUCCCGUCCUUCUUCCCAAAGAUCUUCGGGCCGGGGGAGAAUGAGGCGUUGUCUUCAGAGGAAACCAUGAAGCAUUUCCAUCGUCUGAGCAAGGAGAUCAACCUCUUCCUGUCCUCUAAGCAAUCACAGGUUACUGCAAAUGGAGCCAACGGCAGCGGGUCAGAGAUGAGUGUGGAGGAGGUUGCGAUGGGAUUCAUCCGUGUUGCUAAUGAGGCCAUGUGCCGGCCAAUCAGAGCGCUGACACAGGCUAAAGGCCAUGACACCUCUCAGCAUGUGUUGGCAUGUUUCGGGGGGGCAGGUGGGCAACAUGCCUGUGCCAUCGCCCGCGCCCUGGGGAUGAAGACGGUCUUCAUACACAAGUAAGGGAGAGU